AUGAAGAGUAUAUACCAUCUGGCCAAUGGAAAUAUGGUGGGUGGGACUGCAAGGCCUCCUAAGUUCAUCUUCAUCUUCACCAUCUGCCAGUUGGUGUGCGCUCAAUUGGGUGUACCGACCGGCAAUCUCUGUGCUUCUCUUAAUAAUUGCAACGCGCACGGACGCUGCGAUACAGUAACGAAAACCUGUACUUGCUACGAAGGUUUCGGCGCCCCGACUGAUAUUACUACUUACCGAUCACCUGACUGCUCUUUGCGAACUUGCCCUGCAGGCCCUUCAUGGGGUGGGAUUCCGACUAGCACGACGAAAUCGCAUACCAAAACGGAGUGUUCCGAUGGGGGUGUAUGCGAUCGUUCUACCGGAAUGUGCCGUUGCUACUCUGGAUACGAAGGAUCCGCUUGUCAGAGAAGUAGUUGUCCAAACGGCUGCUCUGGGCAUGGACAGUGCCUCAGCAUGCGCGAGCUGGCAGCGGAAGUCAGCGCAUUUCCGCUGUCGCCUUCUACAAAGUAUGAAGGUGACGUGGCCGCCACAACUUGGGACCAAGAUCGUAUCCAUGGCUGCCUCUGUGACUCAGGCUGGCCCGUGGGACUGGGUGCAGGUGAGUCGCAGCUCUCACAAUAUUUUGGACCUGACUGCUCUCGAAUGCACUGCCCUUCAGGCGACGACCCAAUGACUGCAGUGGAUGAAACGGAUUGUGAAGGUGUCGUUGCACAAGUGGCGAGUGCUCAUGCUUUCCAGGAUUCUACGGCUCCAAUUGCGCCUACCUAUCACCGCUCACGUAGGCGUUGGUUAAAUGAAGUCCUGCUAUCGAGACCGGUUAAGAAUUAA